AUGGAAAAUUUGGAGUCAUUUAUGCAGUAUUUGGGUAACGAUGGAAUCCUCGUAUUUCGUCUUAUGGCGCAUAAUGCCGGUGACAUUGUAUCCAGCAUAAUUGCUGCUAGACUUUUUUCAAUACAUCUUUCGUCCCCAUCAAGAACUUAUAAGCAAAAUCGUCGCCAUAAUCCGUACAGCACUUACCCAGAAAUCUGUAUUCCGUCACUGAAGAGGGAUUUAUCGAUGGAACCGGAUUUCUUAACAAACUUUUCAACGGUCGUUGAAAAGCCAGUAAAAUAA